AUGACUCUCAGUGUUAAAGACUUACAAAACUGGCAACAAGAAUUCGAUCAAGAUGUCCAAUAUCAAUUGGCUUCUUCAACUUUACAACAAUACAAUGUUGAUGACCUUUUAAUUAGCUCAAAGACUAAACUUCCAAAUGUUUUCACCCAUGUUAUUGAAGCUGAAGGUGCCCCAGUGACAAACCAGAAGGCAAGUGGUAGAUGUUGGUUAUUUGCUUCAACCAAUAUUUUGAGAAUUUUGGCUGCUAAGAAUUUAAAUUUGAAAGAGUUUCAACUGUCUCAAAAUUACUUGUUCUUUUAUGACAAAUUGGAGAAAUCAAACUAUUUUUUGGAUAAAAUUUUGGAGACAGCUGGUGAAGAUGUCAAUUCAAGAUUAAUCCAAGAAUUAUUAUCAGCUCCAGUUAAUGAUGGUGGUCAAUUCACCAUGUUUUUAAACUUGAUUGAAAAAUAUGGUGUCAUUCCACAAGAUCAAUAUCCAGAUGUUUAUUCUUCAACUGCUUCAAGAAAAUUGAAUGAAUUGAUCACCACUAAGCUUAGAGAAUUUGCUGAAAUUUUGAGAAAUUUAGUUAAAGAUAAAGCUUCAGAAGCUGAAAUUGAAAAAGUUAAAAAUGAUCAAGUUAAAGAAAUUUACAAAUACUUAACCAUUUUCCUCGGUGUCCCACCUCAACCAACUGAACAAUUCACUUUUGAAUACUAUGACAAGGAUAAAAAAUACCAAAAAUUAACUUCAACCCCAUUAGAUUUCUUGAAAGAGUAUGUUAAGUUUGAUUAUUCAAAACCAAUUUCUUUAAUCAAUGAUCCAAGAAACCCAUACAACUCAAAAGUUAAAAUUGAGCAUUUGAACAAUGUUUCAAAAGGUAGAGAAGUUGAAUACUUAAAUUUGGACAACGAUACUCUUUCAUCAUUGAUUGUUAAAAGAAUUAAAGCCAACAAACCAGUUUUCUUUGGUUCUCAUACUCCAAAAUACAUGAAUAAAAAGAAAGGUAUCAUGGAUGUUGACUUGUUUGAUUAUAAAUUGAUUGGUUUCGAAAAUGGUCAAUCAAAAGCUUCAAGAGUCUUGUAUCAUGAAUCAUUAAUGACACAUGCUAUGUUGAUCACUGGUGUUUCAGUUGAUGACAAUGGUAAACCAGUUCGUUACAGGGUGGAAAACUCAUGGGGUAAAGAUAGUGGUAUUGAUGGUUACUACAUCAUGACUCAAGACUAUUUUGAACAAUAUUGUUACCAAAUUGUCGUUGAUAUUGAUGAAAUUGAAGAACACAAGGCAUUAUUGGAUAAAGAACCAAUUGUCUUGCCAUUAUGGGAUCCAAUGGGAGCCUUAGCUGUCUGUGGUAGAGAAACUUCAGCAUGA